AUGGCCGCCGCCAAGCACGUCGUGUUGUUCCCGUUCCCCGGUCAGGGCCACCUCUCCGCGUUCAUGUCCCUGGCCGACCUCCUACACGGCACUCUCCCCAAUGCCGCCAUCACGCUCGUCUCCACCCCGCACAACGUUGCCGCGCUCCGGACUACCGCGUGGUCCAACUCGUCGUUCCUCGGCUUCCACGCGCUGCCCUUCACCCCGGCGGACCACGGCCUGCCUCCGGACUGCGAGUCCUCCGACGCCGUACAGCCCGGCGCCAUCGCGGGCCUCCUCGUGGCGUUCGAGUCGCUCGAGGCCGCGUUCGACGACUACCUCUCCACCGCCGCCGGCGGUGGCCACGAUGUCUGCGUAGUGUCCGACCCGUUCACGGCGUGGACGGUGACCGCGGCCCGGCGCCGCGGCUGCGCGCACGCCUUCUUCGCCUCCUGCGGCGCGUACGGCAGCGCCGUCGUGCACUCGCUCUGGAGCCACCUGCCCGUCCAACCCGACCCGGACACCGGCCGCGUCCACCUGCCCGAGUACCCCGAGGUCGUGAUCCACCGCUGGCAGCUCUCCAAAAAUGCGUCUGCCCCGCCCGCCGUCGCCAAACGCGCCGCGCUCUACGGCCGGCAGAUCCCUCUGGGCUACGAGACGGGUGCGGUGAUCGUCAACACCGUGGAGGAGUUCGAGCCCACCGGUCUCGACAUGCUGCGGCGCACCCUCAAGAUCCCGGUCUGGCCCAUCGGCCCUCUCGUGCGCGCCACCAACCUUCCAGUCUCGCUGGAGGCCGAGGCCGCCGUCGUGAGCUUCCUGGACUACCACUCGCCGUCGUCGGUGCUAUACAUCUCAUUCCGCUCUCAGAACUCCAUACGAGCAGAUCACAUGGCGGAUCUGGCACUGGCGUUAGAGUCAACCGGCCAGCCGUUCGUCUGGGCUAUGAGGCCGCCGAAUGGACACGACAUCAAGGGCGACUUCCGGGCCGACCAGUGGCUGCCGGACGGGUUCGAGGAGAGGGCGCGCACGAGCAGCAGAGAACUCCUGGUACGCGGGUGGGCACCGCAGGUGAGGAUCCUAGCGCACGCGUCGACAGGCGCCUUCCUGAGCCACUGCGGGUGGAACUCGGUGCUGGAGAGCGUGACGCACGGCGUGCCGAUCAUCGGCUGGCCGCUCGCCGGCGAGCAGUUCUACAAUGCCAAGAUGCUUAAAGAGGAGUGGGGCGUGGGCGUCGAAGUGGCGAGGGGGAACAUGGAGGACACUGUGGUGAACAGGGCCGCGGUCGCCGACGUGGUGGAGACGGUGAUGGGCCAGACGGCGAAGGGCGCGGAGAUGCGGCGGCGGGUGAGGGAGAUCAAGGAGGCGGUGGAGGGGUCUUGGAACAAGGGAGGCGGGGCGUCGAGGAAGGCGAUGGAGGAUUUCUUGCGGGCGAUGAAUCUCCGGAAUCCGAGACCUCCGACGUCGCGGCGGGGUGCAGGCAUGCGAGCGCCUUGCGACGGUGGUAGUGCAGUUGUCGGUCUCGAGGUCAAGCCUGGAUCCACUGUUAAGUGUGAGCCUGGACAUGGCUUUAUCCUGCACCUUUCCCAGGCUGCUCUUGGGGAAUCAAAGAAAAGUGGCAAUGCCUUGAUGUAUGUCAAAGUCGACGAUCAGAAGCUUGCCAUUGGAACCCUCUCUAUUGACAAGUACCCACAAAUACAGUUCGAUUUGGUUUUCGAUAAAGAGUUUGAGCUGUCGCACACAUCAAAAACUACCAUAUUGGUUUCCUUGACCUCCUUUUUGCCUUCCUCCACAAUGGAUCUUGAUUCUGAAGAUGAAGAUGAGGAGCUGGACAUUCCAGUAAUCAAGGAAAAUGGCAAAGCUGAUGGGAAGGAGCAGAAAAAUCAAGAGAAGGCAGUUGCGGCAGCUUCAAAAUCUAGUCUUGUUUCUAAGAAAAGCAAGGAUGAUGAUGAUUCUGAUGAGGAUGAGACUGAUGAUUCUGAUGAAGAUGACACAGAUGAUUCUGAUGAGGGUGAGGGAUUAUCUCCUGAAGAAGGCGAUGAUGAUGAUUCAAGUGAUGAGGAUGAUACAAGUGACGAUGAGGAGGAAGAGACUCCAACUCCUAAGAAGCCAGAGGCAGGCAAGAAGAGACCUGCUGAAAAUUCCCUGACUCCUCUUUCUGAUAAGAAAGCAAAGGUUGCCACACCGACAGCCCAGAAGACAGGUGGCAAGAAGGGCGCCGUUCAUGUGGCAACUCCACACCCAGCAAAAGGCAAGACCCCUGCUAACAAUGACAAAUCAAAGGAUAAGUCUCCAAAAUCUGGUGGCUCGGUCCCUUGCAAAUCGUGCACCAAGACAUUCAACAGUGAGAUGGCCCUUCAGGCUCACUCGAAGGCGAAACAUGUUACCAAGUGA